AUGUUCGACGAGCAAACGCAGGCUGCUCUGCGUAAGUUGGUGCUCAAGGAGCUGGUGACAGCGGUGAAGACGCGAGUGCACACGGGGCAGAACGCCAAUGUGUUUCAUGGUGUCGGGUUGGAGAAAGCGACCGGACGGGAACGGGAGCUGACACUGAAGAUAUUCAAGACCAGCAAGGGCGAUCUCACCAAAGUCACCGAGUGCGAUUCGACCGGCCGACGGUACGGCAUGGACUACGUCCGUAAGAGUAUUCGAAGACACCUCAAGGCCCAGAGUGAACGCGAGUACAAGUAUCUGAGCCGCGCGUACGCUGCACUUUCGAUCGGGACAGUCACCGAGACGGAAUUGAAGGUAGCGUCAGCUGGUCGCUGUGCGCGUGUUCCGAAGCCUUUUAUCCUCCUGGAGCACAUGCUAGUCACCGAAUUUGUUGGGGUGGACGGACACCUCGCUCCUUCUCUGGGAGACGCAAGGUUGAACGGCGAACAGCUCCGCAGCGCCUACACAGACAUCCUGCGUGCCGUGCGCCGCCUGUACCAGCGCGCGCGACUUGUUCACGGACACCUGACGGCAGCGAACAUCCUGUACCACAACGGCCAAUGCUGGAUCAUGGACCUGGACCACGCUGUCGAUGUCGGGUCCGAGAACCACGCUAAGUUGCUGACCCGUGACCUGGACAGCCUCGACGCGUUCUUCCGCGCGUGUGGUGUGCCCGCCGCAACGAAGCGCCAAGUUGGUCUCCUCGGCGCGGACGUCGCCAGGCAGUACGUCGUGAUGGAAUCUACUGAACCUCUGCUCAGGCGCUUCCCCGUGUUGGAGCCGCUGCUGCGCGACUGAGCUCCACGACACAAGUGAAUGGCGCAGGCGCCACCACCGAAUCAUGAAAAAAUAAAAUCUUUCUUGCGGCAUGGUCAGCUCAUCAACUUGAAGCGCUCAAUCCGGCGGUGGAAAGAUACAAGGAGGACACCUCGGCUCAGCUGGGAUCGCUAAUAUUGUUGAUUUGGUAGAGACCUCUGGUUAUUGAUUCGAAAUACACAUAUUCUUCCAU